CUAGCGUGGAUACGCGUUGCGACUAGCUCUUAUCGCAGAAGGGGAAAAAAAAGUUCGGCGUGCCCAGCUUCAUGUGGACUCCGAACACAUUCACGUAGCCUGCAUUGCAUUGCAAGGGUCGAUUCUUCAUCACUUCGAGACAGAAAUCAGCAGAUAUGGCAGCGGUUUACAAAUCGCUUUCCAAAGGCAGCAGCCAAAAAACUGAAGCCCCCAGCAAUGGCGUCCGGAAGAACAAGCAGAGAGUCCUGAUCCUCUCGUCCAGAGGAAUCACUUACCGACACCGACACUUGCUGAAUGACUUGGCGACGAUGCUGCCCCAUGGUCGAAAGGACGCGAAAUUCGAUUCCAAGUCGAAGCUUUUCCAGCUGAACGAACUGGCCGAUUUAUACAACUGUAACAACGUCCUAUUUUUUGAAGCGCGAAAAGGCCAGGACCUCUACCUUUGGAUGAGCAAGGUCCCCAAUGGCCCGACCUGCAAAAUGCACGUCCAGAACCUCCAUACGAUGGAAGAAUUGCACUUCACAGGCAAUUGCCUGCGUGGCUCGCGGCCGGUCCUCUCCUUCGACGCCGCAUUUGAUAUGCAACCACACCUCCAGGUCGUCAAGGAGCUUUUCAUGCAUACAUUUGGUGUACCGCAAGGUGCGCGCAAAAGUAAACCUUUCAUUGAUCAUGUCAUGGGCUUCACUUUUGCCGAUGGCAAGAUAUGGAUACGAAAUUACCAGAUCAACACCGUUGAACCAUCCAAGACGAAGGUGGAUGCGGAUGCUGAGGGGGAGAAACCAGCCUCUUCCAAGGACCGCACCAAGGAGACGGACAUGAACCUGAUUGAGAUUGGGCCUAGGUUUGUCCUAACAAUAAUCGUCAUUCAGGAAGGCUCAUUUGGCGGCCCGAUCAUCUACGAGAACAAGGAAUUCGUCUCGCCCAAUCAGGUCAGAUCCGAUUUGCGGAGGAGUAAGGCUGGCAAGCACAACGCGAGGACCGAGCAACAUGAGGAGUCGCUGCUGAGAAAAGGCGAUCUCGGUUUGCAAACGAGUGGCGGUAGGAAGAUGCCGGUCGAUGCUCUGGACUCGAGAGAACUAUUUGCUUAAGGAAUUGCACGAUGGCGUCUGGUGUUGGGGCUUCAUCAAAAAUAAUGCUGGCUACUUGCAACGCGUCCGGUUUUCAGCUCAAUGGCAUAGAUAGAUACCAAGCCCGUAGAUGGCUUCCUUUUCCACCGAGGAUAUCCUGGCCAAAUUACGGAAAUAUCUUCAAGUUCCUUGCGUUGUUGCUUUUGAGACAACUAUGCCCAGGAAUAUUCGCAGUUCCCCGUAUUCAAAUCUUCCCAAGGUGCGGAAACAUCAAUUCUGGCAGAAAUUUUGAUAGAAGUAAACGUGAAGUGCGAAAGUUGUUACAAUAGGCUUGGUUCAGUUCGAUGAAUAAAU